GGAAAAGUCUACCAUGCCCUUAUGGCAACCGACAAGUCUAAGCCUCGAAAACUCAUCGCGCUAAAGAAGGCUCGUACGACUAGCCUGGUGAAAAACCCCGUACUCCGACACGAGGCGUGUGUCCUGUUAAGACUACGAGGCAGACUAACUUUCGCGCUGAAUACGCAUCAUUGUACAGAUCAUCCCAGUAUUCCUCGAGUCUAUGCGUGGGGAAAAUCACAAUGGUUUGAGUAUCUUGCGAUGGAGCUCCUGGGGCCCUGUAUUAAUCCUAACACGACGAAAGGGGAGCGCCUCACUAUGAGGAACUUGGUAGUGGUUGUCUGCCAAAUGUUCGAUUCAAUCGGAUAUAUGCACUCACAAGGUCUCGUUCACGGAGACAUCAAACCAGACAACUUUUUAUUCGGGCUACCUCCCAAAGAGGGAAGAGUUCAUCUCAUCGACUUCGGUCUCGCAAAGUCUUGGCGCGAUCCAGUCACUUUACAACCCUUGCCGCCUCGAACUACUCCAAACCUACGCGGUACUGCACCAUUCGCGAGUAUCCCUGUUCAUCUUCACAACAGCCCAUCUCGCAGAGACGACAUCGAGUCCUUGUCAUACACCAUUGCAUGGCUACUUCGUGGACCUCUACCUUGGUACGGCAAGGAUGACAACGGCAUCUUCCUCAUGAAACAGCAAUGGUCUGGGCCCGAUAUCUGCUUUGGCUAUCCGUCUGUCUUUGGCAAAUUCAUCGAGUACGCCCGAGCUAUGAAUUUUGACGAGGCACCUGACUAUGCGUACUGGAGGAAACAGUUUCGCGCUCUGGUCCUUGACCUCCCGGAAGACCCGGACUACGACCAUUCCGAUCGAACCGAGUCAUUCGUAGGGUGUGCGAAAUCAGGGAGCCCUUCGCUAAAUCACGAUGUAUGUCGACCCAUCAUAUCUUCCUCGCCGGACUCAGAAUGGUCGGACUACUCGGACGACGACUUCUUUCCGCCACAGAGCUGGCCUGGCGCGAGUUCUGUGCAUGGCGAUGAUUUGAUUGGGGAUGAGGGGAGUUUGGUGCGGGAAGUUGAAAGGAUUGUGGAUCCUCCACAUAUGGCGUGGCCGUACACUGAACGGCCAGAACUUAUGAUAAUAUGA